CGAUUAUGUCGACGCGUCGCCCCAGCCCUAGUUCUUGUUGUAUUGUAAAUAUAGUUUCUCCCAUUCUUUUAUAUUUAUAAUCUUAUUUUCUGUACUUGCUGUAAUUUUCGGGAAGGAGAGUAACGUAAUUUCAAUUCUCUGUAUGUCCUGUACAUAUGCAGUAUUGACAAUAAAACUACUUGACUUGACAUAAUGUAGAGUAAAGUAUGAUACAAACCAUACAUAUAAAACUAUAACUUUGAAUCAGUGUGGAAUCAAAGUAAAAUCGAUGUAAAGAAAUAAAUUAAUUGUGACAUUGGAGAUCAAUGUUUUUUCAAUGCAUUAGCAAUGUAAAAAUGAACGUUGAUUAAUUAAAGUCAUUUCGAUAUUUGCGUUAGGAGAGGGAGACCCACAAAAGGGUGCUCUCACAACUUUUUUCCUCUCUUUUUCUUUGACUGUGUUGUAAAUGUGUCUUACCUUGUUGAUAAAAAUCAUAUUUACAUUGUUUUGUUCCUAAUGUUUCCUAAUAUGUAUCUGUAAUUUCUGACACAAAUAGUAAAAAAAAGUUAAUGUAUUUUAAUUUUUUAACUUGGAUUUGUGGUCGUCCUUUUGUGGCGAUUUUUACUUUUUGAGAUUUUAACAGUAAUUCAUUUUUCAAUUUGGUAAAAUCAAAGAAACUCAUAAUUUUUAAGUGGUCUCUUAUUUUUUUUUCAGAGCUGUAUUUACCAUUGUGUGGGUAUUUAAAUUUUCCUCUAUGCACAGUACCAUGUGUUCCAGCCAGGAAUACAUUAUUAAAACUUAGUUAUAUGGUAACUGGCGCAUUCACAGUAGAGAAACUGUAUUACUGUUCAGACUGUAGGAUAUGCUUCAGGCACUCACAUACAUUUAAGAAACACGAGUGCAAUAACCCCACAACACUCUUAUUAUUGAUAGGUUUGCAAAGUCAAAGAGUUUAUGAAAGAAACUCAAAUUGCAAGAAGACUUUAGUUCGUUUUUUUUUUUAUAUCCCAGUGUGAUCACACCUCAGUCCAGUAGAUGGGGGUAAUCCACUAAAAUUGCAAGCAGCCAAAAAACAACCAGAGAAAAAGAGGAAGAAGGAGAAGAAGCUGUACAGUAGUGGAGAUUCUCUGGUUCUACAGCUGGAGUGUUUUUGGGGGGUUUGGUUCCACAUCUCUGGAGGAACAGGAUCAGCUGAUCUAUAGAAGAACCAAUGCUGUCUUGGUCCAAAUCUUCUCCUGAUCCUAGUAACGACUUUCCUACCUGAUUGAAAUUUAUCUUCACAAAAACCACAAAGUGAUGUAAUACCUCCAAUAGAUUUUUGCAACAUCUCACUGAAAAAUGAAGCCAAUCAAGGAGAAAGCUCACCUCUGUUCAGAGUGCGGGAAGAGUUUUUAUCAACUGAGCGAUCUCAAAAAACACCAGCGCAUUCACACAGGAGAGAAACCGUAUCAGUGUUCAGACUGUGGGAAAAGUUUUAAUUCACCAAGUACUCUCAUCACACACCAGCGCAUUCACACAGGAGAAAGACCCUAUCACUGCUCAGACUGUGGGAAGAGUUUUAAUCAACUGAGUGUUCUGAAAAAACACCGGCGCAUUCACACUGGAGAGAAACCAUAUCCCUGCUUAGACUGUGGAAAAUGUUUUAAUCAACUAAGUACUCUCAUCACACACCGGCGCAUUCACACAGGAGAGAAACCGUAUCCCUGUACAGAGUGUGGAAAGAGCUUUAAUCAACUGAGUCAUCUCAACACACACCUUCGCAUUCACACGGGAGAGAAACCGUUUUACUGUCCAGACUGCAGGAAGAGUUUCCCUUAUCAGAGUGAUCUCAAUGUACACCAGCGCAUUCACACUGGAGAGAAACCGUAUUACUGUUCAGAUUGUGGGAUAAGCUUCAGGCACUCGCAUACAUUAAAGAAACACAAGUGCAUUCAGAGCAGUGACAGAAAAUAAUCACACAGCACUGUUAUUAUUGAUUGCAUCUCUUGAGGAUGAUCCCCUGUGAUUGUAAUAUAGCAAAGGAGAAGCAGUUGUAUUCAUCCUUUUAUUGACAUUAUUUAAAUAAAGGUUUAAUUUAUUUGACCAAA